AUGGAUAGAAAGCUUCUGCUUCAGACACCUGUAGAACAAUCAAGAUUGUUACAUGAGGUUCCAGAAGUAAUUGCAGAUAAUAUAGAAGGUCAACCUGCAUGUAAGGACACGUCUACGAAGGAUCGGCAAACUGACUUGCCAAAAUCAUCCCUUAAAGGGACAUCACAACCUCCCAUAAGAAGUUCAGAAGGCAUUAAAAGUCCUCCAUGCUGCCUGGAUGAUGGAGCAAAUGUUGCAGGAAAUAGAGACAUUGUCACUGAAAACUCUGCUUCUGAACUCAUCAAAUCUGGUUCUGCCCACAAAGAUGAUCAAAGCAGAGAAAUGGAAGAAAGAGCAGCAAAAAAGCAGUACGAAGGGGCUUUUGAAGAAGUUCAACAACAAUCACACACUAGAACUCAUGGUGAUAAAGAUGAUGGCAUUAUUCAGACCAAGAGGAAACAGUGUUUUGAAGAGGUGAACAAGAACCACUUGAGAGCAUCCCCACCCAAAAUAUUCUCAGGACAAACUUCUAUUCCUUUUUCUCAAGGCAUGCCCAGUGCUUUUCUUCCACAGGAGCAAUGCCAGUCUGUUACGAUUGAAGAGGUAGACAUUGAACGUCAAAACAAGAAGCAAAGAACUCCAAGAGAUGGAUCUAUUGAGUCAAGUGAACCAAGAUUUAAGUUGAUUUCGUUGAGUGAUAAUGGAGAGGUAGAUCCAAGUGUUGCAGCUAAACAUACUGAUAAGCAGCAUUAUAAAGGACCUGCAUCUGAAGAAAACUUUCAAUUGCACUCUCUUGGUCAUGAUACUAAAGAUGACUGCAGUCUUCGAAUAAAGAGGAACGAGGUUUGUCAAGUCAAGCACACCAAUACUGGAGCAGUACAUGUUGAACCCUUUCCAGCAAAAAUUGUUGCUUCUAUUUCUCCAGGCCAAUUCAAUGUCCUUCCACAAGAGCAAUAUCAGCCUGGUAAUGAUAUUUCUGAGACAAAACAAAAUGGACAGGUAAAUGUUGCACUUGAAAACAAGAAGCAAAGUGCUCCAACAGCUGGGUUAAUUGUGUUAAGUGAUGAUGAGAAGGAAGAUUCAAGUGCUGCAGCUAAUAAGCAAACAACUCAGGACAUAAAUUGCUCUAUAUGGUACUGUAUUAGUCCUCAUGGUAUGAAAACAGGGCCUUACUCAAUGUUAGUGCUUAAGGAAUGGAGUGAUGGUGAUUCCUGUGUAUUAAAAUGGAAAGUUUGUAAGAGUGGUGAGAGCAUAGAAGAAGCAAUUUCUCUAAAUGAUGCCCUCCACCAGGUUUUCCAUGGAAGGAAGUACUGA